UUCAGACUAAUAAAUAUGCAGAAUAUCUAAAGUCUAGAUCAGAACAGCACGAGACGUCAGAAAAAUAAAACAUGUUUAAAAAGUUAAACGAAAGAAAAGCAACAGAAAAGUAAGGAGUUUUCAGAAAAGUUGACAGACCGAAAAAAAACGUUUUAAUAGCGGCUUUGAAAGGAAGUGACUAGUCGAAAGGAAGUUCAGAAAAAAAAAAGUAAUUUAGAUAAUUGAGUUUAGAAAAACAACAUGUUAGGGGAUUCAUGUUUGCAAAUUAAAUGAGUCGCUAAAGGAAAUAGAUUUCAAAAAAAGUACUCGAUAGUUAGGAAUAGUACACAGGUUUCGUGACUUUUUAACAAGUUUGAGGAAUUUGGAGAGGGGCUGAGAGGGGAGGGGAUCGGAUCAGCCACAGCCACAGGAAGCGGAAUCACGACGGUCUCCUCUCCUCUAAAGAUCUCCUCUGUCUCCGAGCCCGCUGCUACUCUCCCGUGGAGUUUGUGUGCAAGUCCACCCCGGGCCAGCGCACCACCAUGCCACCGUCCCUCCGCACCGAGUUCCUGAGGAGUGCGCUGGGGGCGCUGAGGAUCUUGCAGCUGAUGUUGGGCACCGUGGUCUGGGUCACCAUCGCGGUCAGCAAGUACGAGGGAGCCCUGCACUAUGUGGUCUUCGUGGCCGUCUUCUUCUGGCUCUCCACCCUGGCCCUCUUCUUUCUCACCUUGCUGGGCAAGAGCGACUUGGUCCCGGUGCUGGGCGGCGAGAGGUGGACCCUGACCAACGCCGUCCACGACGGGCUGGCCACUCUCCUCUACCUGGUGGCCUGCUAUCUCAUUGGCAGCAAGACCAGGGAGAAGAGCUUCUGCGACCUGCCCGCCUACAGCUACCACUGUCCUUACAAGGUCUACUUGACUGCCACUGUCUUCGUUUGCCUCUGCACACUGCUCUACCUGAUCUCAGCUGUCUAUUGCUGCUGCAAAAAAUGCCGUGGUGAUCAGGCUGUCAUCUAGCUCUUGGCUCCUGAAAGAGAGAAAGAAAGAGAGAGAGAGAGACCUUGACCUUUGGAUUCCAUGCUGACCCACCUCACCUCCAACGCCACCACACAAACCGAGAGUUGCAUAGAAGGGUCCCAAAUGGUCAAACGAAGAAUCCCAACCUUGUACUUUUCACAAUGGCACCAAAACUUGUGCACCCUUGCAUGCGGUCUCAGUGGACUAUGUAUUUGCUCUUUGUACUCCUCUGGGAUCGUGCUUAUUAGGCAUGGCAAUGCUUUACUGAACUUUAUGCACAACAAAAAGAAUCUCACUGUACAUCUGUACACGUGAUCAUUAAGAACAAUUGGACCCAAAACAUCGCCCAACCAUUUCCCUUCCGCGGAUGCUGCCUGGCCCGCUGAGGUCUUCCUCCAGCGUCUUCGCUCAAGAUUCCAGCAUCUUGCGUCUCUUGCUUUUGACCAGGGUACCAUUCGCACGGAUGCGUAGGGCGUAGAAACAGGCCCUUCGGCCCCACCACAUUCCACCAGCUCCUUUGUGCUUUGCUCAAGAUUGCAACCACCUGCGUGCAGUUUUCUCCUCACACCCCCACUGGCCACAUGGCCAUCUUCUCUUCUCCCAAAGCGGAGAAAAUUCCAGCGAAAUAAAGAUGUGAGCCCAACCGAAAGGAAACACGGAAACUGCAAUUGAAGACCUAAAAACGUCACCCAUCCACGUUCUCCAGCCAAGCUGCCUGACCUGCUGUGUUCCUCCAGCACUUGUGGCCUUUAAUGUAAAUCAACGUCUGUAGUUCCUUGUUUCUGCAUUUUGUUUUCAGCAGCUGAAGAUGAGAAGACUCGUGUGGAUUAUUUGCUGAAAGACCUGCAACAACUGGAGUUGAGUGUGGUGUGUGCGUGUGUUUAAUUCUGUUUAUUAUUAUCAUGUGUACCGAGGUACAGUGAAAAGCUUUUUUUGUUACGUGCUAUCCAGGCAGAUUAUUAUAUACAUGAUUACAAUCAGGCUGUCCACAAUGUACAGAUUGUGUGUGUGUGUGUAUGUGUGAGAGAGGGAGAGGUUUGUGUGUGGAUAGAUUAUACCUUAUACAUCCCCCCCCCCCCCCCCCCCCCCCCUCAUUUAAUUCCCAUUGAGGCUUGGAGUUAAAUCUUUCCUGCAUAAUGUUUGGUAAAGCUUUAAUUCAUCCUUCCUAGCUUCCCCUUUCCAGAACAUUCCACAGAGAUCUUGGGAGCUGAAUUAAUUUUCUUUUGAUGAGAUGAAUUGGACCACUGUAUCGUAGAGGGAGAGAGAGAGAGAGGCAGAUGCACACAAAGACUUUUAUACAACUUCACUGGCAAGCAAAGCACUUCCAAAGAUUUAGAGGGUGGUGGGGGCCGGUUCUCUGGAAGCUUUCAAGAGAGAGAGCUAGAUAGGGCUCUUGAAGAUAGCGGAGUCAGGGGAUAUGGGGAGAAGGCAGGAACGGGGUACUGAUUGUGGAAGAUCAGUCAUGAUCACAUUGAAUGGCGGUGCUGGCUCGAAGGGUCAUAUAGCCAACUCCUGCACUAUUGUCUAUUGUCUAUUUUCAAACCGGUACUUGUAGAGUGAUACAGCACGGAAACAGGCACUUCAGCCCCACUCAUCCAUGCUGACCGAGAUGCUCCUACUACACUAGUCCCAAUUGCCCACAUUUGGCCCAUAUCCCUUCAAACCUUUUCUAUCCAUGUACCUGUCCAUGUGUCUAUUAAAUGUUGACUUCUCUCUUCCAGCUUUCUCUUACCCCUCCCCCCCCCGCUUUCCCCCCCAUUGCAAUCAGUCUGAAGAAGGGUCCCGACCUGAGACAUCACCUAUCCAUGUUCUCCAGAGAUGCUGCCUGACCCGCUGUUUUACUUCUGCAGUUCCUUGUUUCUGCAUCUUUUAAAUGCUAUUGUAGUCCCUCCCUCAACUACCUCCUCUGGCAGCUUGUUCCAUAUAUCCACCACCCUUAGUGUAGAAAAGUUUCUCCUCAUGGUCCUAUUUCUCCUCAUCUUUCCCCUCACAGCUUGAACCUCUGUCCUCUGGUUUUUGAUUCCCCUACUCUUGGUAAAAGACUGUGUUUAUUUGAGUGCUAAUGUUUAAUAUGCCUGUGUUUCUUGGAGAUUAGAACACCUCACACUACCCUUCAAACCCUACCAAAGGAAAGUGUAAUUAUUCAUGUGUUAGAGUCAACAGCGUGGCAAUAGUACCAUCAGUCAAACGUUGCGAUAGUUCCUGCCUCAACCACCUCUUCCGGCAGCUCACUCCACACACACCACCCUUCGUGUAAAAUAAAAAUUACUCCUCUGGUUCGUAUUAAAUCUUUCCCCCUUUACCUUAAACCCAUGCCCUCUGGUUCUCGAUUCCCCUACUCUGGGCAAAAGACUGCGUUUACCCGAUCUAUUCCUCUCAUGAUUUUGUACACUAUAAGAUCACCCCUCAUCCUAAUGUGCUCCAAGGAAUAGAGUCCUAGCCUGCCCAACCUCUCCCUAUAGUUCAUGCCCUGGCAACAUCCUCGUAAUUCUUCUUUGACACUCAGACACAAAGUCUGAAAAAGGUUUCGAACUGAAACGUCGCCUGUUCCUUUUCUCUAGAGAUGCUGCCUGACUAGCUGAGUUGCUCCAGCACUUUGUGUCUAUCUUCAGUUUAAACCAGCAUCUGCAGUUCCUUCCUACACAUUUUCUCUGCACCCUUUCCAGUUUGACACCAUCUUUCCUAUAAAAUGGUGCCCAAAACAGAACAUAAUGCUCUAAAUGUGGCCUCAACACGUCUUGUAUAACUGCAUCAUAACCUCUCAACUUCUAUACUCAAUGGGUAUAGAAAAAAGUUACCCCUGAGGUACCUAAUAAAUCUUCCCCCCCCCCCCCCCCCCCCCCCCCCCCCCCCCCCCCCUCAUCUUAAACCUAUAUCCUAUGUUUUUUGAUUCACCUACUGUGGGCAAGAAUAAGUUACCUGUGUGUUUAAUUCUAUUGAAGACGUAGAUCUGGCAGGUCCUUGCAAGUCUGAACCUGCCAUGUCUGGUUGUCUGGUGGGUAACGGUGUUAGACUGGGCUUGUGCAAUCAGUUUUGCAGGGUGAAAUUUUACAAAUUACCGCUCCUUAGAUUUAACUUAAAUUAUACCCCUGCCUACCUAAUUAAAGUGGCGCCGGGAUUUAGGAGUAUCAGACAGCAAGGCAUGCGGAGUAAUAUUUCAGUGCUGGGCAGAGUUCCAAUGAUGGGGCAAUUGGAUUUUGGGAUAGGUCAUUAUACAGCAUGGAAACAGGCCCCUCGGCCCAACUUGCCCACACCGACCAACAUGUCCCAUCUACAUCUGCCUUUGGCACAUAUUCUUAUUUACAUGUCAUAUCCAUGCACCUGUCCAAAUGUUUCUUAAACGUUGCGAUCGUACCUGCCUCAACUACCUCCUCCGUCAGCUCGUUCAAUACACCCACCACUCUUUGUGUAUUAAAAUGUUACUCCCAAUGUUGGGGGUGUCCAGAACCAGGGGCCAUAGUUUAAGAAUAAGUGGUAACCCAUUUAGAACGGAGAUGAGGAAAAACUUUUUCACACAGAGUUGUGAGUGUGUGGAGUUCUCUGCCUCAAAGGGCGGCGGAGGCUCGUUCUCUGGAUGCUUUCAAGAGAGAGUUAGAUAGAGCUCUUAUGGAUAGCAGAGUUAAGGGAUAUGGAGAGAAGGCAGGAAUGGGGUACUGAAUGUGGAUGAUCAGCCAUGAUCACAUUGAAUGGCGGUCGGUGCUGGCUCGAAGGGCCGAAUGGCCUACUCCUGCACCUAUUGUCUAUUGUCCUCACGAUCCUAUAAACUUCUCCCCCCCCCACGCUUUAAACCAAUGUCCUCUGGUUCUCAAUGGUUCAUAAGAGCUGCCGUUUUCAGGUGCUAUCUUGUACCCUUCAAGUGCAGAGUUGCUAAAGGCAUGAGAGUCUUCACUUGAAGGCCCGUUGUCUUGUCAACGGCACUGGGUCGGAGUUGCAGGGGUUGGCCUGGCCAGGCGAUGUUGUCCAUGUCCUCCAUUGCUCCGUGUCAAGUGGUCGGCAAGGCCAGUAUUUAUUGUCCAUCCCCAAUUGGUCUUGAACAGCAACCGUCUUGAAACACUGGGUGGCGCUGUGACGCAGCGGUAGAGUCGCUGCCUUACAGCGCCAGAGACCAUGGUUCAAUCCCGACAUCGGGUGCUGUCUAUACGGAGUUUGCACGUUCCAUCCUACACACUAGGGGCAAUUCACAGAAGCCAAUUAACCUACAAACCUGCACGUCUUUGGAGUGUGGGAAGAAACUGGAGCAUCCGGAGAAAACACAUGCGAUCACAGGGAAAACAUACAAACUCCGUACUGACAGCACCCACAGUCAGGAUCGAACCUGGGUUUCUGGCGCUUGUAAGACAGCAGCUCUACCCGCUGCAUCUUGUCGCCACAGCUGGAAUCUAAUGAAGGGGUUUGGGGUGAGUGUGGUUCAUUUGGCAUAAAAUGUGGGUUGGACUGUAAUGGCAAGGAUUGUCAGUUUAUAUUUAGAUGACCGAUACCCAGGAGUGGGUUCACAGUUGGAAUUUUAACAGGCCUGUUCUACUGGCAGAUGUAUGUAAGUGUGCUGCACAUUGGAAUGUAUUAAAAAUGCAUCAAUUUUACGGAUAAAGUGCGAUUCCAAUGAACAUGAACUAAUGCUCGUAAAAUGUCAAACUCGUAGAAUGUUACUUUAAUGAUGGAGCCUCCUCGAUCCAGCUGUUGUUAUAGCUGCUUUGUAUCCCAGCAACCUAAUAUUACGCAGACAAAGGGUCACGUCCAAGUAAUUGGUGGAAGUCUCUCUCUCUCUCUCUCUCUCUCUCUCUCUCUCUCUCUCUCUCUCUCUCAUAUGUCCCAUCCACUGCCUCCGUACCCUGCACCCACCCGUCCUACCCCCCAGGUAGACACAAGGUUCUGGAGUAACACAGCGGGUCAGGCAGCAUCUUUUGAGAGAAGGAAUAUGUGACUUUUUGGGUCGAGAUGCUUCUUCAGAGUCAGUGGGGAGGGAAACUCUUCUCGACCUGAAAAAUUACCUAUUUCUUUUCUCCAGAGAUGCUGCCCGUCCCGCUGAGCUACUACAGCAUUUUGUGUCUAUCUUCAGUGUAAACCGGCAUCUGCAGUUCCUUCCUGCGCAGUUCUACGCUCAUCUUUAGCUCAAGUUUGCGAAGGGAAUAUUCUUCUGACGAUGGGUAUUCCCUCCAUCCAAAGCCACGUGGGCAAAGCACAAGUUAGAACAUAAGACAUCGGAGCAGAAUCAGGCCAUUAGGUCCAUCUAGUCUAAAGUUAUAGACAAAGUCAACUUAUGGAUGUCCAUAAAACAGAACUGGUUCGUAACUCGUGGACAGUCUUUGUGUCUUUGCCCCAUUCUAAAAUGUUUUACAAAUGAUUCAUUGAGUCGUUCAACAAAAAUGGAUGAUUAACGAUUGUAUUUAUUGCCCCUGAGUUUCACUGGGAAACACACUUGCAGUGAUCAUAUCCUGGAGAUUGUACCUGAUUCCAUGGGUAAGCCAACAAUACCCAGGUAACACACCGGGACAAUGGAAACUGGGGCUGAUGUAUUUUUGGGAAAGGUAUCUUCUACUUACUCUAUCACACAAAGUGCUGGAGGUAACUCAGCGGGUCAGGCAGCAUCUCUGGAGAACAUGGAUAGGUGACGGUUCGGGACGGGACCCUUCCUCAGACUGAUUGUGAUGGGGGGGAACGGGCUCUGAAUUUGUUGAUGUGUGGGAUUAGGGGCCGAAGAUGUGUCCUGGCCUGAAACGUUACCUAUCCAUUCCCUUCACAAAUAGUUAGGGGACGUUUCAUAGAAACAUAGAAAAUAGGUGCAGGAGGAGGCCAUUCGGCCCUCGGAGCCAGCACCGCCAUUCAUUGUGAUCAUGGCUGAUCGUCCCCUAUCAAUAACCCGUGCCUGCCUUCUCCCCAUAUCCCUUGACUCCACUAGCCCCGAUAGCUCUAUCUAACUCUCUCUUAAAUCCAUCCAGUGACUUGGCCUCCACUGCCCUCUGUGGCAGGGAAUUCCAUAAAUUCACAACUCUCUGGGUGAAAAUGUUUUUUCUCACCUCAGUCUUAAAUGACCUCCCCUUUAUUCUAAGACAUGUGGCCCCUGGUUCUGUGGCCCCUGGUUUCGGGUCAGGUCCCGUCUUAAGACUUGAAACAUCACCUAUCCAUGUUCUUCACAAAUGCUGCCUGACCCGCGGAGUUACUCCAGCACUAUGUGUCUUUUUUUGUAAACCAGCUUCUGCAAUUCCUUGUCUCUUUUAUUAUAUAGUACGCUUUAUUCUCAAUACACAAUGCCUGUAGAGUAGGUUUUAAAUGUAUCCUUGGGUUAUAUUUACACAUUCCACUGAGCACACCAUGAAUGGUGUUAUAUUUUUUAUUAUUAACGUUGCUGUUUACGCGGGAGAAUGUAUCUGUUUUGUUGGGAUGUAUGUUUGUCUAUCGACAUAAUUUCUUGUGCGUUAGACUCGAUCCAAACUUAUACAGAGUAAAGCGGGAUUUCACACUAA